AUGAAGCUGGUCAACAAACAUAUUGAGAAGGAUGGUUCCGGAUAUGUAACGCUUCGUCCGGAGGAUGACGAGGAUAUGUGGCAUGUAUACAACCUGAUAUCAGAGGGAGAUCACGUUCGAGCCCUUGCCGUCCGCAGAGUCCAAACGCUGUCGUCUACCGGAUCGUCCGAUUCCUUCAGAGUCAAGACCAACCUCACCCUCGAAGUGACCAAGACGGCUUUCUCACCCGCUGCGUCAUCUUCUCAGAGCAAUGGCACGGGCGAGAAGAAAGAACCUACUGCGUCGUUGCAGAUUUCAGGAAAGGUAGUGGAAGAGAAUGAGUUUGUCAAAUUGGGUGCUUAUCAUACUUUGGACCUUGAAGCAAAUCGAGAUUUCAGAUUGACGAAAACUUCAGGAUGGGAUUCGAUAGCUUUGGAAAGGAUUCAGGAAAGUACACAGGAAGGUAGAGGUGCUGAGCUUGGUGCGAUCGUCUGUGGUGAGGGUACCGCCGCUAUUUGUCUGUUAUCUGAGCAUAUGACUACUGUCAGACAGAGGAUAGAAGUGUCGAUACCCAGAAAGAGGAAAGGUGGGACUUCAGGACAUGAAAAAGCAAUGGAGAAUUUCCUGUCUACAGUAUAUCAAGCGAUUCUCAGAUUGAUACCUUAUCAGGAUCUGAAAGCUGUCGUCAUAGCCUCACCGGGAUUUACAAAAGAUACAUUAUACGACUACAUCUUCCAACAGGCCAAUCUGACUUCGAACAAGCCUCUAUUAUCGUCCCGAUCGAAAUGGAUUAAAGUGCAUUCCAAUACUUCACACGUACACGGAUUAGUGGAGGCCCUAAGGGCACCAGAGGUGGCUAAGAUGUUACAAGGGGCGAAAUUUGCUAGGGAAGGUGUAGGGUUGGAUAAAUUCCACAAGAUGUUGGCGACUGACGAACUUAGAGCAUGGUAUGGACCAGAACAUGUUGCAUUGGCUGUUGAUAGGGGUGCAGUGGGAACUUUAUUGAUAUCGGAUGAUUUGUUUAGAUCCUCCGACCCAGCUACGCGUAAUCACUAUGUCGCGAUGGUCGAAGCUGUCCGAUCUAAAGGUGGUGAAGCUCUGAUAUUCUCCUCUAUGCACGAAUCAGGCCAACAGCUUAAUCUCUUAACGGGCAUAGCGGCGAUUCUGACCUAUCCGCUGGAUAUCGAGGUUGUGGAGAUGGAAGAGAGGGAGGAGAAGGAGCGGUCGGAUAAAGAGAAGAAUGGUGGAGGGAAUGAAGAGGAAUAG